CUCUCUGGAAUGAGACCUGCCCACACCUCUGGUCGGAUGAUCAGCCCUCCCCCUCCCCCCGCCCUUUUGCCCUUUUGCCCUCCUGGCAAGGGGCACCAUGUCAGCAUGUCCCUUCGACGCGGUAAAGGGGACGCCGGCCAAGGCCAGAUCCUGACCCAGCGGCAAGGUCAGCCUGCCCCGGCAUGUCUCCAGAAGGCCCUCGUCCAACGGCUACCGACCCUGUCCUAGGUGCAUUGACCAGCCCCCCGAAAUGUACUAUUUUGCUGACUUUUUCUGUCACUCGGCGUUUCUGAUUCCUCUCCUCUUCUUUUCUCCUCACCCGCACCUUGCGAUCUAGUCACUCUUUCCCAGUCACAGCUGCUGCCUCAGCCUCGUACACUCCUUUUACAUAUAAUCGCUCCCUGCCCACCGGCGUCACUCUCAAAGCUUCUACCUGCUUUAAUAUUCUUUAAUAUCCACCGCCGGAACAACAAACAGCAACCCUCGUCAAGAUGCAGUUCACCGUCACCGCCAUUCUUGCCCUUGUCGGCUCUGCCCUUGCGCAGACCCCGAACUUCAAUCCCCUCACCAACCCGCUCUCGGGCGAGGUCAUUCCCGCCGGCAAGAUGUACCCCAUCAAGUGGACUCCUCAGGGCGGUAAUGGCGCCCCGGUCAGCCUCUACGCCUACGCCGGCGAGAGCGCUUCGACUCUGCAGGAGAUCGGCGUCAUUGCCACUGGUGUUGAGGCCUCGCUUGGCAGGUUCGAGUGGAACGUUGAUGCUGCCAUUGGCGGCAAGUACAAGGCGUACGGCAUCAAGAUCGCCCUGGCCUCGGACAAGGAGGUCUACCAGUGGUCCAACCCCUUCACUGUUUCGGCCGCCGUGGGCUCUUCGUCGACCUCGUCGGUGGUCAGCACCAAGGCCAGCUCCUCCGCAUCCUCCUCAUCCUCCAUGUCCGUCAAGACCGACAGCUCCUCCGUUACCAGCACCAAGGCCACCGUUUCGUCCACCACCGUUGCCCCGAUCACCAGCUCGACCAUGGUCACCAGCACCCCUAUCGGUAACCUGUCCACCUCUGCUACGCGCGCCACCUCCAGCCAGGUCACUCUCGUCACCUCGACGUCGUCGCGUGCCGCUGGUACCUCGCCCACCGUUCCUGUCACCGUCCCCACCGGUGGUGCCGUCACGAAGGGUGCCAGCUCUAUUGCUAUCAUCGCCGGUCUGGCCAUGGCCGUCCUUGCUCUGUAAAGGACAUUUUUACAAUGUGCGCUUCUUUAUUUGUUUUUUGAUUGGUCGUUUCUCGUUACUUUAGAUGAAGUGUAGCAAUGUUUCUAUGCCUACCGAUCUCCAUCGAGGUCGAGUCGCGGGGUCACGUGUCUUUCAAAUAAAAGACAAUAGACAGCAAUGAUAAUUUUUCCAACUUUGUCUGUUGCGUUUCCUUCGUGUAAUCUUCAGGGUCCACUUCGCAAGGACAACCUGUCCUGGAUAGUUCCAUGUGUCGUGGGAUAUCGGGGCCAUACGAACAAGCUUAGUCCAAAUAAAGGCUGCAUCUGCGUGCUAUUUUUCAGCGUCCAAUUUCCGUCGCUUCUAGUGCGGUUUAAUGUCUGUUCUCG